UCACUAUUUCACACCCGCACUUGACUCCAGAGAUCCGCCCUCGAUCGUCGAGGCCUUUUCUGCAGGUCCAACACUCACCUGCGAACUUAAAUGGACCAGACUAAUGGAUUGGUUGGGUCAAGCACUGUAGCAUCCGAGGAGCAUCUGUGAUCUGGAUCCGUGCGCGCGCGCUGUCCAAUCCGACGGAUCUUCUCUUGAUUUAUAACUUACCAGAACGCUUUUGGAGAGACUUGUCACGGUAUAUUGGUUUGGAAAAUGUCCCAAAAGAAUUCCAAGGCUGGAUUCUCUGUCCGUGAUAUUUUAGAGCUCUCGGACACGAACGAUGAAGGAUCAGUGACUGAAGACACUGAAGAUGAGGCGGAUGAAGGACUCUCUGGAAAUCAGCAGCGCGCGUCCUCCAGAGAUGCGCUUUGGCUCGGAUCUCCAUGUGGCCACAAAUAUCCAACAGCGCCAUCAGCAUCUCCAGAGGACUUGAAUCCCGAACUGUCCGCGGAUGAGUCUGUUGAUCGGGACAGGGAGAGUUCGGAGGACUCGGCGAAAAAGCGAAAACGGAGAAUCCUGUUUUCAAAGACGCAAACGUUUGAAUUGGAGAGACGCUUCAGGCAACAGAGAUACUUAUCCGCCCCUGAGAGGGAACAUCUAGCUAAGGUCUUACAUUUGACCCCAACCCAAGUGAAGAUUUGGUUCCAGAACCAUCGGUACAAAGUGAAAAGAGCCCGGGCUGAGAAAGGAAUGGACCCAUAUCUGCUCUCUCCACGGCGGGUUUCUUUUCCGGUUCUGGUGAGGGACGGCAGACCGUGUCAUGUUCUCAGUCCUCAGGACGUCACCGCAGCGGCACCAUUUUCUGCUUUUAACAUCAAGCAAUUCCCGCAAAUUCAUCACAGUCAUAACAUCUGCCCCAGCAUCAUGAUGACACAUCUGACACCUGUCAGUCAUCUGCAGCCGUGGUCCUGGUGAAGAGACGGAACUUUGAAAAUAUAAAGUUGUUUUCGUCACAUGUCGCUUCAUUAAUUAUAUUUCUGCAAUGUGGAAAUGAGUUUUAAUGUUCUAAUGUUCCCCCCCACCUUUGAUUUGUAUUAUUUUCGUUGAAACUGAAAUACUUACAAAAUGGGACAUCAUCAUCAUCAUCAUCAUCAUCUCGUGCUGUUUGUAGAUAUAUUUAUGUUGGCAAUUUUACUGUGUAUUGAUGAGUAAGUUUCAUUAAUAUUCAACUGUCAAAUAUUACUUUUCGUUGCAUUUAGAAAGAGUACGAUCAGUGUA